GUUCUCUGCCUGAUGCCAGCACUGGCUUCCACCCUCUGUCAGCCUGCCAGCCCUGUCACACACAUUGCACCUGCUGGCACACGAGCCAGACCAUAGAGCCCAGUACUGUCUCAAGGUCAGGGGUCACUAUGGGACGAGGAGACCAUGCAGUCAGCCAAGAGCUCACACCUCCUCACCUGGACCUCCCUCUUCCUCCUCCUCCACCUACUUCUAAUCUGCCCCCUUCUCUCCCUGUUGGGAGGGGCCAGGAUGUAGCAGCACCAACCAAGAACUACCAGGGGAAAGCAGGAAAAGUGGUGAUUGAGAGGGUGGUGCUCAGACCAGUGACACGCAAGUCUGAGGACACCAAUGAAUAUGUGUUCGAGGUGAGCUGGUCAGAUGGGUUUGUGUCAUGUGUUGUCCGGACUCAGCAGGAGGUGACGGAGCUGCUGUCGCAGCUGUCACAAGCAUUUCCUGAUGAAGGAGUGGAGAAGUUCCUCUCUCAGUCCAUAGAGCUGGACCCCAGGUGUCUGGCAGCGCUGCCCUGCCACAUCCUCCAGCACCACAGUGUCCAGCUGUUCUUCACAUCCACCAGGCCUCUCUCACCCAACUGCCCUUCCUCCCUCCCUCCCUUACCCUCCUCCCCUCCCACAGGCCCUGUGGUCCCAACCUGCCUGUUUACCUCCAGUUCUAAUCUUGGCUGUAUGGUUCAGUACAGAGGAGCCAACAGGGCAGUGUACAGAGUAGCCAGCGUCCAGCCCGUCGUCAGCACCCACAGCUCUGUCGUGACUCACUCCUCUCCUCACCUCUCCUCUCUUCCUCCCUCCAUUCCUCCUCCUCAGCACUCGCCAAAGAUGUCCUCCCUACCUCCCCCGGCACCAGCUCUACCCAGCCAGGGCUCCAUGGCAGGCGGAGGUGAUACCUCCUCUCAGCUUCUUCCCCAACACAGUCAGUCGCACUUGUACUCUCACCCCCAGCACCACCUUCAUCCACAAACCAGCAGCCAGUUCAGGACACAGACUCAGUCUUUGAACCUGUCCCAUUCCCAGCCAUCAUCCCAGUCACAUUCCCAGUCCCUUUCAUACUCCCUGUCCCAUUCCCAGUCUCGUUCCCAGCCCCACUCCCAGCCACCAUCUCAGUCCCAGCCCAACACUCCAGAGCCAAAUGGCAUCCUGGACUGGCUCCGCAGGCUUCGGCUCCAUAAGUAUUACCCUGUCUUCAAACAGCUCACUAUGGAGGAGUUUUUAGCACUGACAGAGGAGGACUUAAACAAGUAUGACUUGACCCAAGGAGCAAAGAAGAAACUCAAGACCCAACUAGAGCUACAAAACAGGGAGAUGAAGAUGGAGAAGCGAUCCUGCAGUGGUAUCGCCAGGGUGACACCUUCCAGUCACAUGGGACCCUCAGCACAGCCCACCUGCACUGCAGGAGAGCUGCGAGUGGAAGUGGAUGCAGUGCCACACCAUCACCCCAUCUCCACAGACAGCAGCUCCUCCUCAGGCUACUCCAGCUCUUCCUGCUCCCCUAGGACACCACUAUGCUGCGACUCCACCUCAGACAGGAGCUCACAGCUUCACAGGCGAGUGUCAGGUCCAGAUGCAGCAGGAGCUGGUCCAGAAAAGGAUCGGCCCUGUCUCUUCGUCCUUAACUCCAGCUGCCCCACAGGCUCUGGUCGCCCCACAGCCCAGGUCCUACCUGUCCAAACUGAUCCAGAUCAGCAUCUGGAUCCAGCCUGCUCCUCCCACCUCCCCUUCAGCCUCCCGCAAUCUCAUUACCACCCACAGACCAGCUACCCCCAGACCCUUUUCUCCCCAGUCUCAAACCCAGCACGCAUUCUGGCCUCCCCACGCAAGCCUAGGCCUCCUCCACUGUGUACAGAGGACAGGACCAAGGCGCUGGGUGCGGGCAUGCCUGCAGCCGCUGCAGGCUGCAGUCCGGGGCUCAGUGUGGGAAUGGGGGUGAAACUGGAGAGCCUGUUCCCUGGACUGAGCAUGGACAGCUCCUCUGUGCUGCAGGACUCGGUGGUUUGCCAUGGCCUGGCAGGUGGUGCAAUAGGCCUGAUGGUAGAAACCAGCUCUGCUCUGACCUCAACUUCCAACAGCCUCCACCACGUCUCCCACCCCCCUCUCCACUUCCACCUCUCAUCCUCUUCAUCCCCCUCUCUGUCUGGAUACUAUUCCUGCCCACCUAGCUCCUCUUCUUGUUCCUCCUCAAAGUCUGGGAGCUCCAGUGGUGGGAGUGGCUUUGUUUCCAUGGUAACCGCCAGCAGUGUUCCUGUUGCCGCAGUAACAGGCACCACUUACUACCUGCCCCAGCCUACCUCUAGAUCCUCCCCUUCUCCCUCCUCCGCCUCCACAUUGGAACAAAGUUCAGGUCACACCACCUCCCUGUGUGUUUGCAGCUCCUGCGGUUGUCGAGGGAACUGUGGGGCCUACAGGGCGUUGCCUGGAUACGCUGCAGCCAGCUAUCUGCAGCCUUUUUCAGCUGGGCCCUCCCUUUUCACCCUGGGUCCUCUGCUCCAUCUCAGCCCGCUGAUACCCUCAUCCAGCACUGCUGGAACCGGCUCCACACCCUUCUCCUACCCGAUGAUGGUGCCUCCACUCUUCUACCGCCACAGCCCUGUGUCACAUGAUCAACAGCAGGGCUUUGGCUUCUACCAACCCCAUGGGAUCAUGGGAAACAGAGGCCAGAAACGGACAGCAGGGAACCUGUCAUGUUAUAACUGUGGUGCCAACGGUCAUAGAGCAGAGGACUGCAAACAGCCGCCCAUGGAUUCAGCACAGCAAGGUACAUUUCGACUGAAGUACACUCCUCAGUCUGACAGUAAGGACUCAGGGGACUAACCAGCAGGAGCACCUGUGGAUUCGAACAACUGUACCUCAUGUUGAGCUGAAGCCAGCAGACAGCGGCCACACUGAGUGCACACACAGCCUGGGUACAACCAGGCAAAGUGAACCUGUUGGUUGAACAGCACAGGCCCCUUUGUAACCCCUUGCCAAUAACUAAGACAGAUUAAGAGGCAGAUGGGCAAGAAGUAGAAUGGUAAGAAGAUAAGAGGAGAGGAGCGGUUGACAGUCUGCAAACGCUGCCUCACUUCCUUUCAGAGACGCAACUGGAGCUCUGAUUCAUGCACAGGAGAAACACUACAAACAGCAAAAGGUAACACCUUUACCAGGUUAUUAUUACCAGAGAGUCUCAAAACCUGCUCAUCAGCUAAGUGACAGAGCAUUUCUUGUCUUCUGGAUGGUUCACAAAUCAAAGGCACAGAACUGCAUUAUCCCCUUAACUUCCUGGAUGCUCAGUUGUGUGUUUUAUGUUCUGAAACAUAAAACACAUUUAAAGGAUGUUUUUAUUGUGACAGACUGAAUACCUUGGCUUUACUGUUGGUCCAGCAUUCUGAACACAAACACCAAAAAAAAAAACAAAUGCCAGUGUGAGUGUACUGGUAAAGAACUUCUCAAGGUUUAAAUCCUAGAUGACUGAAUACAUCAGUCUUCCUCUUGUAUGUCUUGUGGGCAGGUUUGGUUCACUACUGUCAUUUGAUUGCAUGUGAUGUAGAUUCUACAUAAAAGAGCAGUGUCCCAUUCCCAUACUACAUACUAACUGUAUAAUAUAUCCACUGUACUUUAUUCAAAAUGGUAAUGUAUGCUGUUUUUUUGCAGUUCACAUACAAGAAAUCAACAUACUUUAUCAUUUUAUACAAAGAGAAAAGGACACAGUCGAUCGAACUGUUGGUGGUUUGUCGUCCAGUUUUCAUUUUUAAUAUUUUUUAUGUUAUGCAUUUCAAUGUGGAAGAAUAACAUCCUUCAGUAUUUGAGUCUGCAUACUGACAAUUCUGAAUAUGCUUAGAAUUAGUGUAUUAUGGAUGUAGGACACAGCUAAGGUGUUACAAAUAAGGUUUUCCUUUCUACUGUCACCCCUUUGUUCACCAUCCUUGAGGAGGAGUAAAAGAAGAAAUAAAUGUUAAAGGUGCCCUGUGGGGUUUUGCUAUGGAGCAGUGUUUUGAUGAGUGGGCCCCCAGUAACCAGUGCAGGAUUUAAAGUAUUCAAGGGUUUUAUGAGGUGUUUAUCACACUGUUUGGUGAAAAACGUUCUUCAACUUUUUGUAAAACUCAUCAAACUCACUCCACAUUAAAAGCACUUUUAAUAUGAUUUAGUUCUAGCUUUACAGAGGCUAGAACUAACAGUGUAUUCAUGUCACAGUGUUGCCUGUAGAACGUGUGACAAUCAAAAGCUCUGCUGAGGUCCAUGGCUGUCGUAGCUUACAGUGUGAGCUACUACAUGGUGGGUGACGGGCAAACAGUGCACCAGGUCAAGACGGCAUCUCCCUGCAACUUCGACGGUUCUGUAACAACACUGCCGGGAUGCUAAUAAGAGUUAUGUCCUGGGUUCUCCACAUUUGCUUUAUGUGAUAUAUUUAUCAGUAGUCAGUAAACACCAGUACAUGACAGGUGUUGAUGAAGAUCAUGAGGUGUGAUCAGGUCACCCACAGCAACUGGAACUCGUCUUGAGCAGCUGGGGAUCACAGGAGGAAGUUGCUUGUUCAGCAGUGCCCAGUGCUGAAUUUUUCGUCUUUCUGGACAUUGUGCAUCUAAUUGAUCUCUGAGCCAACCUGAGAACAAAAUCUCCACCAGGACAGGACAAUCAGAAUGCAGCCUAAAAGGUUUCAAGCUAUUAAGAGACAUCUUUGUCAGGAUCUAGAAUUAAACCAGUGUUUCAAUAGUGACAAUUGUUUUUCAGUUCAGUUUGAUGGAUGUUAAUCCUAAACUUUUUCCUCACUCCAGGAGAGGUAGAGCUGACACUGUUUAAAUCAUUGUAGACAAUGUUUAUGCAGGUUUCAAGUCAGGACUGUUGAAUUUUGAGAGCUGGAAAAACUGUAUACUUAAGAGUUCAAGGUAUAUUUAAGCGAGUGAGUUGCUGGGCAGGACCCAGAGAUUUACAGUACAGACACGAGGACAGCUGGUUCUUCAUGUGAAACCCUAUCUGUACCCCUGGAGGGCUCAGCACACGUGUUUAUUUAAUAUGAGAAAUACUGAACAUUCAGUGAACAUUCAGUAUGUCUGACAAUUUAUGUGUGUUGUUUAAAAUAAGGCAACAAUGUGCUUUUGUAUGUAGGCUUUUCACACAAACAUGGGGCUGAAAAUCAACCAGCCAGCCCGGAUUUUAACAGCUGUCUCGAUGGACAAGGAUGUAUAACAGAACAUUGCCUUGGCCUUUUUUCAUUUUAUUGUCUUUUAUAGAGCAUACCAAAACAAUACAUUCUUUUGAGUUUUUUGUUUGUUUGUUUUUUUGGACAAAGGACACCAGGGUUUUUUUGUGCUUGUUUGUUUGUGUAGUUUUUUUACUCUAAUCCUUGCAGUAGAGCCUGGCUAACUGAUGAUCCAGCAUGUACAGUGCCUUGCGAAAGUAUUCGGCCCCCUUGAACUU